AUGGGCGAUCAAGAUAGAGAAGAAUUCACUAGCAGUAGCAAUAGGGACGAACAGGAGGGUGAUGACAAUGAUGACGAAACAAGUACUCCGGGAGUGGAUGAUGCCUACAGUAAGCCUAAGUACCACGAUCAUAUUGCCAAAGGCUUAGAGAGAGGAGGGCCUGAAGAGGAUGCUAAACAGGAAGGUAAUAUUGAGGACGAAGAGGAAGACGACUCGAGUGAGUACGAAGAGGAUAAUAAAAGUGAAGACGCUGAGUUUCGAUUUCCACGUGCAAUGCUUGAGUCAAUCAGGUGGACUAGCAGAGCAUCGCGCAACACCAAUCUCAAAUCGAAAGAAAUUUCGCUUGGCCCACAGGUAAGUCAUACAAGUGCAGAAUAUACCGUCGUUACUGAUACCUCACCUCGUAUAAAGCGACCAGCGAUGGACGCAGCCAUGCUGCAAGCACGUAAGCAGAGGUUUGACCAACAGAAGUAG